AUGGAUCAACGAGCACAUGAUUAUUACACCGCGACAUAUGCCAUGACAUAUCAGCAACAACAACAACAACAACAACAACAACAACAACAACGGUUUCAAUACCCUCCUCAGCAGCAACAUUUACCACUUCUCAUUCCCCCGCACCCACCAAUACAACAACAACAACAACAACCAAUACAACAACAACAACAACAACAACGGUUUCAAUACCCUCCUCAGCAGCAACAACUACCACUUUUCAUUCCCCCGCACCGGCCAAUGCAACAAUUCCCUUACCAAGUUCAUCCCCACACACCAUCACAACAUCCCCACAUAGGUCUUCCACUUGUUGCUCCGCCUCAUCCACCUUCAAACCCCGAGCUUCACAAGCGAAUUGAUAAAUUGGUUGAGUAUGUCGUAAAAAAUGGGCCUACAUUUGAAGACAUGAUACGAGAAAAGCAACAAUUUAAUCUUGAUUACGCGUUUUUGUUUGGUGGGGAUGGCCACGGUUACUAUCGUUAUAAGCUUUGGCUAUGGACAAGAGGAACAGCUUUGGUGACUAAUUCUUUUGUUGGACCAUUAAGUUGCCAAAACAUGCCAUCAUCGGUUGCAUCUAAGCAAUUUCUUCCAAAUUCAGUUCCUUUAUUGCCAUGUCAAGCUAUGAAUGACGUUAAAAAAGUGUCACCAUAUCCUUCAUUCCCACCUGGUCUAAUUCCGGGAAUGGUCAAAAAGACACAAAUUGGUAGUGGAGUGCCCUACUCUUCCAUGAGUCCUUCGGACAUCCCAACUGCCAUACCUCCAUCAUGUAUAACACAAGAAGAACUUCUUGAAAGAGUGUCGAAAUUCUUUAACGAUAUUAGACAAGCUAAUACUUCUCAAGAACCCCUUAAAUUUGAUGCUCGAGAUUUCGAUGAUGAUAAUGAGAGAGAUUAUAAAAGAGAAACUUCUUCACGUAAAGAAGGGGUUUGCAUUCCCCUACCACCAAACAUUAGCGGUUUAGGGUAAAAUUUGAAAUAAG